AUGAAUCAGAAGGCCCGCCAUAACGCGGUCUGUGUGUCGCCGCUUGCCCUUCUCGCGAUCGCAUCUAGCCUCCCUUUCUCGUGCCUACCAGUGGACGGCCUUCGUACAGAGAAGCAGCACGCCACUAACCAGGGCGGAAGAGGCUCCGUCGUGGCGUCAGCCCUCGUUGGUCUAAGCUGCGGGCUUCAGGGAGACAGUCGGGUCGCGGAUUUAAAUGCUACCCUCCAUUCUUCUCGCUCAACGGCUGCAAUCCGGCUCUUAUCCGCGAGUCGGUUACCGGCGCCGCGCGUCGGAAGUGUCCGCGACUCAGAGCCCCGCAACGCAUUCACCCAGCUGCGGCGAACCCCCGCUGCGGAUAAAGUUCACGGAUCCCUGUCUUUUGUCUUCUCAGCACCUUCCUCUGGAUAUGGUGCCCCGUCUGCCGCCUUGGCGCCCUCGUUUUCGUUCUCUCGCUCCUUCUCUACGGCAGCUGCCGUAGAGCGCGCUACAGGGCAGCCGAUGCAUCAACGGACUUCGCUGGGAUCCGCUUCAAGCGCGGUAGGGGAUCAAAGCGGGGAUGCUGACAGCCUACGAGCGCGCGUGGAGAAACUCGUGAAGUCUGCGCCGGUUGUUGUGUUCAUGAAGGGGACGCCUGAGGAUCCCCGGUGCGGUUACAGCCGAUCUAUUGUGGAAAUUCUUCAACUGGCUGCAAGUGAGGUGCCCGCCCUAGCGGGUCUCCAGCAGGCAGAGUCGUCGCUCCCGCGGAGUCUCCCGGAAGGCUUUUUCCUCCCUGUGGAUGUCUGGGAAGAUCUUCCGCUUCGGGAAGCCUUGAAGCGAUACACGAACUGGCCUACAGUCCCCCAGCUAUUCAUCGAGCAGCAGUUCGUUGGUGGCACAGACGUCGCUGCAGAGAUGUUUAGGGAUAGCUCACUGCACGAAGCGAUUGCGGAAGCCGCAAAAAAAUUCGUCGAGGCGCAGAGACACGCGACGCAAAACAACUGA